AUGGUUUCUUCUCGUUCCAGGCGUGUGGAGUACGACCGCUUCAUCCCGUUCCGAUCGGCGAUGGACAUGGACUUCGCGCGCUGUGCUCUAACCAUGCCUUCCAGACCUCAGCGUGAUGGUUCGAUAGAAUCCCCAUCGAGUGUGGCGUACCAAAAACUUCUUGUUCAAUGUAUUUUGAAGAACAGAUCUUGCAUCUUCGCAUUCAAGAGUGCACCCGAAUCACCGGCCGACAAGGUGUCCCAAUUUGACGAGGAUAAUCGACCGCACAAGAAGCAACAGAGGCGAAUCCCAAAAGAUGCAGAUAGGGUUUUGGCUGCUUAUGAUAUCUUAGAUGAUGAUAGGUUGAAUCUACUCGACUGGGGGAGCAAUAACGUGUUGGCGAUUGGCCUCAAUGACACAGUGUGCCUAUGGAAUGCUGCGAAUAAGUCUAGUACGAAGUUUUCACGAGCCCUAGAAGACAACAGCCCUGUCACUAGCAUCAGCUGGUCCCCAGACGGGAAAGUUCUAGCUGUGGCAUUAGGCAAUUCAAAUUUAUAUCUGGUUGAUGCAGCAACAAGACGUGUGUUGGUUGGAAUCAAGGUGACAGCCACUCCUUUGUUUGUUCACUUGCGUGGAGAAGUAAUGUAA